AUGGCAGCGGAUAAACUCGAAGUUCCUGAAGCCCACACGUUCCUCCUGUAUUCUGCGAGCGGAGAAAUACAAACAGCUAGUUUCCCUUUCAUCGACAACAUAUACUGCAAAAUCAACAUCGUUCAUGGGAAGGACUGGCUCUUGUCGAGCGGCAGCGAAGAGGACCUGACCCACGUGACGAAGAAAACCCGGGGAUCGCACAAUCACUUCGUUUUCAAUCAUCCAUUCGACGUGACCUAUAAAUUCACGAAUCCAUUCGGAUGGCCGCAAUUGAUUUUGAGCGUGUAUGGGCUCGACACUCUCGGGAACGAUGUAGUCCGAGGCUACGGAACUGUCCAUCUACCGUGCAUUCCUGGAAGACACUCCCUGCGUGUGCCGCUGCAAGCUCCGGAGUCAUCGUCAGUCAUCCAGAGUUUGAGCGCCUUGAUAACGGGUAAACGUCCGGAGCUCGUCGAAGCUAGAGUAUUCGCAGAUGAAUCGACUCGACAGCUCCUGCGUAUGUCCUCGACAGGGCUGCCCUACGUCGAAUUGGUAAUGAACGUCGCUGUAAAAGAUUUGGACAAGUUUGGUUUCGACGUAGGAACAAUUCAUCCCGCUUCGGACAGAUUCCCGUUCUCUUGA